AUGUUAAAGAGAUACUUUUAUAAAUGGGUAGAAUAUCACAUAUCAAAAAUAAACCAGAGACAGUUUUUGAUCAAUGCCACCAUCUUCAGAUACAAACAACUAUUUCGGAAAGUAACUAAAACUAAAAUAUUUGAUAGACGAUAAAAGCAAUUAAAUAAUAGAGACACACUGAGUAUCAAACCUUAUUGAAACAAAAAGUUUUCAAAGCCUUCAAAACCAUAAUCUAAAAUGUAUACCCAUUCAUUCUACCUUUCAAUAGAGACAAGUUAUUCUUAAGUAAAUCAAAAUUCUCAAAUUGAAGAGAUAUUUUGAAAAAAUGAAAAGUGUAGCAUAAGGUUAAAUAAAGGACAGAGAAGUUAAUAAUGCCAUUAUUGAAUGUUACAACGAUAAAUUAUUAAUGAAAUG